CCUCAAAAUAAUAUCGUGUUUAUAAAGUGUAUGAAAUGUGGAACAGAAACUCUUGCUUCUAUCUUGCGAAGGUAUGGAUAUGAACGAAAUCUUUCCUUUGUUUUACCAAUAAACAAAAGGAUAUAUAUUGGAUGGCCAUAUCAAAUAAGUAAAUUUGAUUACCGUCCUGUUAUUAAAGACUUUAAUAUGUUGGUGGAACAUGCUAUUUAUAAUAAAACAACAUUACAAAAGAUCAUGCCAUUUAACACCAAAUAUAUAUCAAUAAUUCGUGAACCAUUCAGUCGCUUUGUAUCUUCAUUUUAUUAUUUUAAUAUUCAAAAAGUUACUAAUAUAACAUCAACCAAUCCCAUUUCUGAAUAUUUAAAUAAUAUAGAUAAGUAUGAGAUCAAAUAUAAAAGCAAUAAUGCAAAAUUUCUUGAUUUGAGUCUGGAUCAUAAGGCUGUAGAUAAAUUUAUUGAUCAAAUUGACAGUGAUUUUGAGUUAGUUUUAAUAAUGGACUAUUACGAUGAAUCUCUGGUACUAUUAAAACGUUUAUUAUGUUGGAAGUUACAAGAUAUAGUAUAUUUGAGAACUAACAAUGGCAAGUAUGGGGGUAGUAAAAGAAUCGAAUUCCAUCGGACGCCAACUAAUUUACACUUACAUCAAAAUCAUGAUUUUAUUGAUUAUAAAAUAUUUCAUCAUUUUAAUCAAACAUUAUGGAAAAAAAUAAAUCAACAA